AUAUCGAUUGUCACACAAUUGACUUCGCAGUAUGUAAAAAUGGAGAAUGCAAGUGUGAGGAUAAUUUCACUGCUAUGGGUGAAUCCAAAUGUGUGCCGCUUUUAGGAGGAUUCUGUUUCAAAGAUUAUGAUUGCAUAAUAAACAAUUCCUCAUGCAUUGAUAACAAAUGUCAAUGCCAAAAAAAUUUGAUGGCAUUUAAUGAAAAUGAAUGCACUGAAUGUAAGUUUAUUUUACACUCAGAGAAAGAAUUUCUUUUAAAAAAAAUGGAUGCUACUUCGUCAGUUUUCUACGGUUUUGAUGAAGAUGAUAGCGAUAAUGGGAAUAGUUGUGCUUAUUUCGACGGAAGACCUUGUGAUCCUAAAGCUGAGAAUCCUUGUUGCGAUCCAGUUCAGAAAUGCACCAUUGCCGUGAAAAAUGAUCGUUGGUCAUAUCAGUGUAAGCAAAAAGCAUCAUUAGGACAAAACUGUACAUCUGAUUUUGAUUGUGAAAAGGAUCUUUAUGCGGAAUGUUCAAACGCUGAUGUAUGUGUUUGCAAUGAAAAUUAUGUAAUGAAAAAUAAAUCUCGGUGUGAGCAACUCCUCGGCGGACAGUGUUACCAUGAUGAAUCAUGCAAUAUCGACAAUUCAGCCUGUAUUGAAAACAAAUGUCAAUGUAAUCCCAGUUUCAGGAAUCCGGACAAAUACAAAUGUUUGCCAAGUGGGUGUAUUAUGACCCAGAUUUUGGGACAGAGACAGCUGAGGACUAAAUUAGGAAAUCAAUGCAAAACUGAUUCUGAUUGUGGAGAAGUGAGACAUACAAAAUGUUCCGAUAAUCAUGAAUGUGUUUGUGCAGAAAAUCAGAUUAUGGUUAACAAGGCGACGUGCUUGCCAUUACUGGAUGGAUUUUGUACGAAUGAUAGCCCAUGCUUCGUUAAAAAUUCUGUUUGUAUCAAUAAUGAAUGUCAAUGUCAGGAUGGAUACGUUCCUUUAUCACAUAACCAAUGCACAGCGCAUUGUCACCCUCAUUUGUCAUUUCCAUGUUGUGAGAGCAAUAACAAAUGUACAAAAAUCUUCGAAUGGUCUGUCAAACGACACAUUUCCGUAUGUUUAAAACCUGUCCUUUUAGGCGAUUCAUGUCAGACUGAUCUAGAUUGCCUAACUGUGAAGAAUUCAUGGUGCAACCAAAAUAAAAAAUGCGAAUGUGUAAACAAUAGCGUGCAGCAUAAUCCAUCAACGUGUUCUUCACUUAUAGGUGGCCAUUGUUUAACAGAUGAUGACUGCUUGAUUUUAAACACAGUUUGCACCGAUUAUUUGUGCACAUGCAAGCCUUCCUUUGUGUAUCGUCCUCAAGAUCAAUGCAUACCAAAUAUAUCAUUAGGAUCGUCCUGUGAACACAAUGACGACUGCGAUGAUCCAGGACAUUCUGAAUGCUCUGAAGAUAAAAUUUGUGUAUGCAAACCACGCAGAUUUAUAAAACACAAUACUUGUCAACCACGUCUAGCGACGCAUGGUACUUUUUGUCAAUCUGAUGAUGAUUGCGCAUUGAUUAAAUAUAUGAAAUGUUCUGAGAAUAACAAAUGUGUUUGUCAUGAUAAGACAAUUUUGAUAAAUAAUACAACAUGUGCGCCAAUUCUAGGUGCGCCAUUAAGAAAAUCGUGUGUGGAUACCUUAGAUUGUGACGAUAUAUGGCACAUGAAAUGCUCAGAAAACAAGACUUGCAUCUGCAAAGCUAAUCAUAUUGAAGUAAAUCAAGCGUUAUGUAAGCCACUUCUCGGAGCUAUAUGUCACUCAAAUGAGUGUGGUGUCAAUAAUUCCGUUUGUGUUGACUAUGAGUGUCAAUGCAAACCUUCUUUCAGACGUGAUAUUUCGCAUUCGACGUGCUCUGCAAAUUAUAAAUGUGUUUGUCAAGAAAAUCAUGUGGCAAUAAUAAACAAUGCAACGUGCGAGCCAUUAUUAGGCGGACUAUGUGAAACUGACGAGGUCUGCAGGACAGAGCAUUCUGUUUGCAUUAACAACCGAUGUCAGUGCACAAAUAGAAAACUAGAUUCACCCUGUAAAAGAAGCUUGGAUUGUACCGGUGUUGAUUUUACUGAAUGCAAUAUAAAUAAUAAUAGAUGUCAAUGUAUUGAAAAUUUUGUCAAGAUAAAUAAUUCAACAUGUUCACCGGUGAUAAAAGGAUUUUGUUCAAAUCAUGAAGAUUGCAAUGUAGUCAAUUCUAUCUGUGAUAACAAUUACUGUCAAUGCAAACCUAAGUUUUUCCAAAAGAAUAGUACUCACUGUGUGGAAAUUUAUAACACACCAAUUAAAAUACUCAAAAAUAAUUUUUUAAUUAAUUUUAAAACUUGUAAUGUUAAUUUUGCGAUACUAAGAGAAUCAUGUAAAACAGAUAACGACUGCAGUGACAUACUACAUGCAAAAUGUUCCCUGGAUAAAAAAUGCAUCUGUAGAGACAACAAUGUUGUAACUAACGAGGCCAUAUGUUCACCGCUUUUGGGUGAAUUUUGUUGGAGAAAUGAGUUGUGCGCAGUGGAUAAUGCUGUU